UUCUUUUUUUAAUUUGCUUCAGAUGGCCGAGGGUGACAAAGUGGCUGUCAAGAGGAAGCACGGGAGCCGGAACCCGGUUCUGGCCCGGGGUAUCGGCCGGUACUCCCGAUCCGCCAUGUUCGGCCGCCGGGCAAUGUACAAGCGGAAGACCAAGACCACCGAGACCAAGGUGGAGAAAAAGCUGAAGGCGAGACCCCAGUUCACUGUUGUGAAGACUGUUGGAGGAGACAAAAAUGGAGGCACACGUGUUGUCAAACGGCGUAAGAUGCCCCGUUACUACCCCACGGAGGAUGUUCCCCGUAAACUGAAGAGCCACGGAAAGAAGCCUUUCAGCCAGCACAAGAGGAAGCUGCGUGCAUCCAUCACCCCAGGAAAUGUCCUCAUUCUGCUCACUGGUCGCCACCGUGGAAAGCGCGUGGUCUUCCUGAAGCAGCUCUCAAGUGGUCUCCUGCUCGUCACUGGCCCUCUUGCUUUGAACAGAGUCCCCCUGCGCAGGGCUCACCAGAAGUUUUGCAUUGCCACCAACACAAAAGUCGACAUCUCUGGCAUGAAGAUCCCCAAGACCCUGAAUGAUGCCUACUUCAAGAAGAAGAAGCUGAGGAGGCCCCGUCACCAGGAAGGAGAGAUCUUUGACACAGAAAAGGAGAAGUACCAGCUGACAGAGCAGAGGAAGACGGACCAGAAGGCCGUUGACGCUCAACUCCUGCCCCUUAUUAAGAAAACCCCUCAGCUGAAGGGAUACCUGCGCUCCAGCUUCUGUCUGUCUAGCGGUGUUUUCCCCCACAAGCUGGUUUUCUAAAUGUGUUAAAUAAAGAGUACCACCAUCUUAAACAAUC